UGACUCAGCUGACAGCCUCACGCACACUCAGCUUACCAUUCUCUCUCUCUGUCUCUCUCUCUCUCUCUCAUCAUGCAGAAGCAGAGAGAGAGAGCUUGAAGAAAGAAACAUGGUGUCGUCGUCUCAGAAGAAGAGCCUCCACUCUCUGCUGGCCGCAAAGCUCAGUAACCUCACAAUCCCGCCUUCCUCUUCUUCUUCCUCCUCCUCUCCACCUCAAGACUUCGACUUUAACGACCUCUUCGGCCCCACCACCGCCAUCCCCAACGACCAAUCAACCUCCGCCACGUCGCUCCCUCCGGCUCCACUGGUCAUCCACAACCGCUCUCACUCCUUCGUGGGCCCCUCCCCGCGCUUCGCUCCGUCUUCCUCCCUCCCUUUCACCGCCGAAUUCCUCGAUUCCCAGAGCGACGAAGACGAAUCCGAAAAUCCAGACGGAACUGAUAAUCGGAAUGAUGGGGAAUCAGAAAAGACCGAGCUCGCAGUCAAAGAGAGAGCUCGUAAGUUUGGGCCUGCGGAUUUUGAGAUGCUCAGAGUUGUGGGUAAGGGCGCGUUUGGGAAGGUCUUUCAAGUGAGAAAGAAGUGCAACGAUGGCAGUAACGGCAACGAAAGUGAUGGGCUUUAUGCUAUGAAGGUUAUGAGGAAAGACACAAUUAUAAAGAAGAACCAUGUGGAUUAUAUGAAAGCUGAGAGAGACAUCCUCACCAAGGUUGUGCACCCUUUCAUUGUUCAGCUUCGCUACUCUUUCCAGACCAACUCUAAGCUUUAUUUGAUCAUGGAUUUUAUAAAUGGAGGGCAUCUCUUCUUUCACUUGUACCGGCAGGGAAUCUUUAGCGAGGAUCAAGCAAGACUAUAUACUGCUGAGAUAGUAUCUGCUGUUGCACAUCUUCACAAGUGCGGGAUCGUACAUCGGGACCUUAAACCUGAAAAUGUUCUUGUGGAUUCUGACGGGCAUGUCAUGCUAACUGAUUUUGGACUAGCAAAGGAAAUUGAUGAAGCCAGCAGAUCAAAUUCAAUGUGUGGGACCACAGAAUACAUGGCUCCUGAAAUAUUGCUGUCUAAAGGCCAUAACAAAGAUGCAGAUUGGUGGAGCAUUGGUAUACUUUUGUAUGAGAUGCUAAGUGGGCAGCCACCAUUUACGCAUGCGAAUAGAAAGAAACUCCAGGAGAGAAUCAUCAAAGAGAAAGUUAAACUUCCACCUUAUCUUACCAGCGAAGCUCACUCCUUGCUCAGAGGAUUGCUACAAAAGGAUCCGUUACAAAGGUUGGGCAGUGGGCCCAACGGAGGUGAUAAUAUCAAAAGUCAUAAAUGGUUUCGAUCAAUCAACUGGAAGAAGUUGGAGGCCAGAGAACUGCUCCCAAAGUUCAAGCCGGAUGUGAGUGGAAAAGACUGCACAGCCAACUUCGAUCGGUGCUGGACUACAAUGCCUCUGGACGACUCACCAGCUCCUACACCAACAGCGGGUGAGCAUUUCCAGGGAUAUACUUACGUGGCUCCUAACCCGUGGCUUUCGUCUGCAUAAACUGAAGGCUGCUGCUAGACUAGAGUGUUAAAGGAAAAAAGAAGAACUAAAUGAAGUGAAGACGAUUUGAAUGAAGCCCCCCUUCCAAAUUGCCGUCCAAGUAAUGAUGCAAGUUUUGAGUUUAGAAUACGUUUAACAUCAUCUCAAGUGUACAUUUUAUUCUAUUCUCACUUAAUAAAUAAUUUCAUGUCUUAUUAUAUUUGGAAAAUUUCUUGGAGUACUUCCACUUGUGGUUCAUCUGGUUUCUCCUCCACAUUUACUUAUAUAAGAUGUUGAAUUUUUCUGUCAA